AUGUUGCGGCUGAAGCGGUUGGGGUCUAUUUCGCCGGCAUUUCUCAAUCCUCGACUGUUCUUCACACUCGAAGAAAAGCGCUCCUCUGGAAUCCCUUUAUCCCUUCCAUCACGAAGGACGUCAGAACGCUUCCUCGACAUUUACGAGGUCUCCAUGUUUUCUCCUUUCUGUUUGGAUGCCGAGAAUCUUGGAAGCAAAGCUGCGAUCGAAAAAGAGCGAGCUCGGAUUCAAGAUGAGAUGAGUAGAGGCUACUUCGCUGACAUUUCUGAGAUGAAGAAACACGGCGGUAAGAUUGCAAUGGCCAAUAAGAUUGUAGUCCCUGCAAUGGCAGCUGUGAAGUUUCCCUCGUUAGAAGUGAAUCACUCAGAUGGUACGACACUCAAGCUUCCCAUUACUUGUAACGGGAAUGAGGUUGAUUCCUACAAGUCAGUCGUCCCAAAAGCAACCUUAUUAUGCCUUUCAUUUCGAGCAAGUUCUCAGGUAGUUGACUGA